CUGCUCUACAUGGACAGUAACUAUGAAAAUGGAGCAAAAUCAAAUGACUUGAGCAUCCUAAGGAUCUAAUUGUCCUUACUGUAUCCACUGUUAACUUCCGGUUAUUGAAAAAACCUGUACUAGUAAUACGAUGGACGGACCACUUAUCUAUCUGGCAAUGGAUAAUGCAAAAAUAAUCAUCAAUAUAUUAAAGGCAGUGCACUUUCGCGAUCUUGCCACAAUAUUUGCCACAAAUAAUGGUAUUAAGGUGACAGUAGAGGACUCAAAAUGCAUUCAAGGAAACGCUUUUCUACAUUCAGCGCUUUUCCGUGAAUACUCUGUAAAGAAGGAUAUAAUAUCGUUUAGGACAAACCUUGGUGUGCUUGUUGACUGCCUUUCUAUUUUUGGGACUUCAGUUCAAGGACCAUCAGUUUCAUUCAUUUUAUCCUAUAAAACUUACGGGAGUGCUUUAAACAUUUUACUAGAAGAAAACGGAGUUGUAGCAGAAUGCAACAUUAAAACUAUGGAGGCGUUUGAAAUAUUGGACUUUGAUUUUUCAAGCAGUAAUAUCUCAGAUAAAUUCAUAAUGAAGUCAGAAUGUAUGCGUGAAGCGUUCAAUGAACUUGAUACUUCAAGCGAAGUCUUGGAAGUUGCUGUAAUACCACCUCCGGCUGUUCAGUCUCGUCUUCGUUUAACGACGUAUGGUUUCGCUGGAACUAUGCAUUUUGACUUACCUCGGUCAUCUGAUCAAGUAGAAGUUUUUGAAUCUGCAGCUGCAAGUCCUCGGAUAGCUCGAUUUCGUCUUUCGCUUCUACGGCUUGCAACAAGCCGAGCACUGUCAAUGGCUAGCCGUAUUUCGCUGCGUAUCAAUGACCGGGGAUUCCUGUCGAUCCAGUACAUGAUAAAUCUUUCAGACGGUGAAGUUGCUUUUGUCGAGUUUUUCUGUGUUCCAGAUGUAGAUGAAACAGAUCAGUCAGAAUCUCAGACAAGCACGAAUAGUCCACAGAAGUCUAGUAAGAUAUCUCAUUUUGCAUCAACAUUGAAGUGUCCAACAAAUGCAACAGACCCCGACUGGAGUGAUUAAGAAACUUAGUUUUGAGUUGGACUUUAAAAUUUAACCAAACAGCUUUACAAAUUCAGAUUAAAAACCCUCACUUUUUGUAUGACUUUAAAUACGUAUUGUAAAUAGUAUAUUCUGCUAUACUCUAUCUAAAGACUUGAUCAUUUGCUCAGGGAAAAAACUUUUUUUUAAAAACUUGAUGUUAGUAUUUGUUCGAUCUUGUGUGUUUAAUAAAAUCAAAUUCUUGGACUUAUGGUUUUCAACCUAAUCAGAUGAAAGAUUAUUUUUUUCAUGGGUGCUAUCAUUUUUAUUUUCAUACAUAAUCAAGUAUUCUAAAAUAAAUUACAAAGGAGUUAUAUAAACAAAUAAUUUUUCUUGAUUAAUAUAGAGAGUAAGCUAGUUUUAUCAGUGAAUAGGUGUUUACAUUAUAUUGGGUUAUUCGUAGUCUCUUUUAAAUUAGUGUUUGUUUAUUGUCCAACUUUUAAAGGGAAACUUGUCAUUGUAGGAAAUGAUUAGGUUUUUAUUAGUUAACCGUACAAAUAAAUUUUACUUAAUGAGCUUGCCCAACUGGUUGUGUGGUUGAUUGAACUUUUCUUAUUAUUAUCAGCAUUAUAAAUUGUGAAAUGUUAAGAGUUGUCAUGAAAGAAAGGGCUUGCUUUGACAUUCGGAAAUAGCCGAAUGCUUGAAGUAAGUGAGAGCAGCGGUCUAAUGUGUUUUAGUUUUCUGUACAUUUCAGGUUAACAUUUGUGUGUGGUAAUGCUAAAAUCAACUCGCUGAAUUGUUUGAAUAAUUUUUUCUUUAAAUCAAGGAUAAACGAACAUCAUUACUUCCACAAGCCAGUUGCUUAUCGGGAAGAAUAGUACUUAUGAAAUAAGCAAUUGGUUUUCAACUGAUUGUUUAAAUUUACUACCGCGUUAUUUAACAAAAAGACUGCCAUGGUAGACCUCAUGAUGUUCCAGUUCACAAGAAACACGCCGGAUUUCAAGCGGUGGAAUUUGAGAAUCGCACUGGUUAAAAUAAGAUGUGGAUAACAAAAACCAAACGUACAUGUCUGUUUGCCAUUAUCUGAUUGUUUAAUAUAUCUGGUCAUACAAGGAUUGCUUUUUGGAUUUACAUGAUUUGGUUGUGAAAGUGUAUGUUUGAAUAUAUUGUGGCAAGCCCAUUUCACUAUUGUAUCAUUUAUCUAGUCAUUGUAACUCAGACUCAAUCCACUAUGUUAAUUUCGGUGUGUAUGAUCGAAUGUAUGUCUGUACAUUAACGCUUAAGCUAUCUUCCUAUUGGUCUCAAGUGCAGAUAAUCGAUAAUCUAUCCACACCCGAUUAACUCUCAAAUAUAUAUGGAUUUUUAACAGACUCACUCACUCUCCCUGUUUCAUCGUGUGCUUGCUCACCGUACGCUUGUGGAUUAUUAUUAUUCAUUAUCAAUAAACUAUCUCUAUAACUGGUGUUCAGGCUUUUUAAUAAUCUCGAGUAAAUUCGCAAUUCUACUAGGAGAUUAAGCCUACCUAAAAUACUCAGUUACGGGAUAUUAUUAUUUGGAGUCAGAUAUUGAGGACAUUAUCCUCAACAUAUUGGUGACCCGCCUUUAGAACGCGCACCAUUUUCCUACAAAGUCUGCUGCAUUCUCCUCAAGAGUAUCAUAAAGAACUUCAUAUUGGAAUUAUUAUUAUAAUUAAUAACAAUCCAUUGACAGUCAUAAUAAAUUCUCUCAUAAUAUUUUCCCUUUGGAAUUAUUACUGUAUAUUCUCAUACAUAUACCCAAAGUGACAAUUUUUCUUUUCGGUGAGUCUUAUAUAUAUUUCUUGUUGUUAUUUUUAACUUCUCUUCAUAUUGUAUAUUACAAUCCUCGGCUUAUUAUUACUAUUGCUUCUUCGUAUCAUGGCACUUGAUAAUUCGCUAAGCCUUUCAUCUAAAUCUAUUUCCGUGGGUGCCAUUUCUGUACCUUUACCUAUUUUUAAUCCACGAAAGGCUGAACUCUGGUUUGCUCGCUUAGAAAGCUUUUUUGUUGCAAACAAAAUCACAAAUCAGAGUACGAAAUUUAGUUACGCAAACUCACUGCUGCCGGACGACGUCAUUGAACAAGUGCCGGAUGUCAUUUUUAAGCCGGAUCCUGACUCACCAUUCGAUUGUCUAAAAAGAGAGGUCAUUCGUGUCACAUCUCUCACCGACCAACAGACAAUUGAUCAACUUUUAGCCAACGUGGAGCUAGGUGACAAUACACCGUCACAGUUAAAACGCCACAUGACAAACUUAUUAGGAAAUCGUUCAGUAGACAAACGUCUACUAUAUCAAUUGUGGCUCAGACGUCUCCCUCAAAACAUUCAACAGAUACUUGCAGUUAGAGACGAAGACGUCGAUUUUGAUAAGCUAGCAGACAUAGCCGACAGAAUUUACGAACGGUCUAAGACUCACUCUGUAUCUCAAAUCCAAUCAGGCUCAACUGACGAGAUCGCUGAGUUACGACGAUCAGUUGAUACCCUUACCAAACAGAUAGCUCAGAUCCAAUUAUUGAAUGCCUCCC